AUGCCACUUUCUUCACCCUUGUCCUCACCCUUGGCCUCAGCUUCUGAUGAAUAUAAAGAUAAGCUAGAGGAAGAAUCUGAAAUGUACGGAGAUAUUGUUGUUAUGAAUAUCACAGAGAACAUGAAUCAAGGAAAGACGUUUGAAUAUUUCAAUUGGUUUGCUAAGAAUAGGGAGGAUAAUUAUAUGGUCAAAUUGGACGAUGACACUUUCAUCCACCUUAUUCACUAUUACCGUGACCUUCAAGAUUUACCGAGAGAACGUGCGUACUAUGGCAAUGCUCUAGGAUAUGAACAUGGAACAUACACGUUUAUGGGAGGUGCGGGAUACACACUUUCCCGCGACCUCGUUAUAGAUAUUGCUGGAUCCGACUGGGCUGGUUCAAAUGCCGUAGGUAAUGAAGACUGGCUAGUGGGUAAGUGGGUAUGUCAUGUGGCUAGGGAGAAGAAGUACUUCGUGCACUAUGUUGGCUUUACAAGUUGGGUGCCCAUCCGCCAAAAUCCCAUCCAUGACUUUGACGAAAAUCUGGACCUUCACAUCUUUGGCGAGACCAUCAUGAUCCAUCAAGUAAAAGGCAUCGAGAAGUUGAAUGCCAUUAAGGAUGUAUACUCCGAAUACGAAGAGGGAUUGCCCAUGGUAAGAGUCAUUCGGAAUUCAACGGCCACAGGACUAGCUACAAAGAGGGAGAUUAUUCCAAGAUGCUGGUCCGAAGUUGAGAAAGAAAAGAUCUGGGAUCAAUUGCAAGGUAUUGGAUAG